AUGCUUGAUUAUACACAAGAAGCAUGCUGGUCACCAAUAUUAACACCAUCAUCAUUAAUAACACAUUUAUCUAUAAGUAGUAAAUUACAAUCUUAUUGUGAUUUAAUAUAUCAUCAUGAAUUAUAUGUUGAACAUUUUACAUCAAUAACAACACAUUAUCAAUUAUUAUUAUUAUUUUUUAUUUUAUCUUAUACAUCAUACAUCAUUUUAUUAAUUGAACAAUUUCUUCCAUUACCAUUAAAUAAACAAUUAUGA